AGUUUGAGUUUUACAAGCUGGUAAAAGAACCCCACUGCGCCAACUGUUGUUUCGAUUCGUAUGGUGGCUUCUUUGCAUUCGACAACGGCAGUGGGAGCGGGCGCGCUUUAACAAUUGGCAGUGUCGGGGCUACACCUCCGCUCCGUCUAAACCUGUUCAGAAAGGUCCUUUGUACAGUCAUUCUUUCAGCCCUUAUCUCCUCUUACAAUCCGCAUACAGUGGAGAGUUUAGCCUGGGGUUGGUCGACAAUGAGCCACGGUUGUUCAUUAAACGACAAAGCGGAGGUUCGCUGGUUGGAUCAGCGUGCCCGUGUCGUCGUUUGCUCGUAGCGGCUGGCUUCAAAGGUUGGAUUCUGCGUCUCGUGCAGGGACCAGCCGGACUUGGGCUUACCCUGGACGCCAGCACUGAACAGCACUUUAGUGCAUUCCAAAGUUCGACGGUGGUGUGCAUCUCAAAACCUCAAUAAGGACUAUACAUCCUGCUGCAUCGGAGACAUGGCAUACGACAUAGACCGGUGUUCGUAUUACUGCAUACAUGGGGAAUGCUCCUAUCUGUCGGCGACAUUGAUAAAAUGCACGUGCGUUGAAGGCUAUGAAGGAGACCGAUGCCAGAUGGUGGCACUGGACUCCAUCAAGGAGGAAAGCUCUGCAAGAGCAGGGAUUGCGUUUGCGCUAACGUUGGCGUUGCUUCUCACCCUGCUUGCCCUCGGUGCCGUUACCUGGUGCAUCUACAGGAGAUUUAAAAGAAGAACGAAGAGCCCUCGCAUCGUUAUGCUGGAAGCUGAGGAAUAUGAUUCAAUCCAUAACCUCUGACACGCAAGCAAUGUGUCACCGUAAAUGGGCACGCGUGGAAAUGGCUGAACAAGUGCUGAAACACAGGACAGGGGAAAUGAAGGAUCCGUGCCCAAACGUCAACAUUCACGAUAGUUCCACUUGAAGCGCCACCUACAGAAACUGCAAUCCAAACUCAGCUUUGCUAUCCGUAAGCUGUACAUUGUACCGCCUACGGCCGAAGUACAUAGAUUGGGCCCUAUCGCAUCAGAUUUCCAGCAGGGUUGAGCCCUGGAUGGUGUCUUGGAUGGUGUCACCGUCUAUAGAUUAUUCUACUGUACUGUGGCCAUUAGGGGAUGGGCAGCAGAGGACAGUGCGGCCCAAUCCAUUGUUGUACGGUACUUCAAUUGGGCACGGUGCUUUGGCUCCCCGCCUUCACCUGUAAGGGCCUCACUUCAUCCAGGGUCUGCGACCAGGGAAAUAAUAUUCCCUACACACUGCGCACCCAAUACCUUGAAACUCUAUACCAAUCGCUAUGGUCGUGGCCUCAUGUCGGGUGCCUGCGAUACACAAGCGUAAUAGUCACCCAGCGAAUGUUAACGAGAAAUGAAUCCCUGAGCAAAACUUUAGAGUACUGCAUAUUUGUGCACAGCACAGGACUAAUCUAUUGUAUGCACUGGUCUAAAGUAAGUUAUCGACGCGUGGACCUACACACGUGGGCCCAAAGUUAAAAUUUCCCAAGUUCAAUACCGCUUACUCGGUGUUUUCUCCCGAUGCAGUCGAGGAACACAAAGGGGGUCUGGCUUAUUCGCGACACCCCCGAUUGGCACGGUUGCCUACGUACGGUGCGAAAGAAGUUCAAGUUCAACAUAAAUGCAUACAAACGCACGCGUGUCAGCGUAAGGGGCCUAAACAGGCUGAGAGUGGGUUUCGGCAGAUGCAACUUCUCUCAUGAAAUCACGGGGCUUCUGCGCAACCGAACAACGUGCUUGUCAGGAGAAACAAACCACGAGAUCAUCUCCUGAGAUGCCCGGCAGCUUUCACAAUGCGCUCGUCAAGAUUCGGCAACGCCAGAAGCGGUGGCCUGUGCAGAAUAUUGGCAGGAGACUUUGUAGAUUGGAUAGGAGACGCCAAGACGAAGCAUACGGAGGGCAUCCGUUACGCUUACAGAUGGCAUGGACCGUCGAGAGAUGGGCCGAUCUUGCCGGAGCCAUGGCUUUGCUGCGCGAAACGUCGUGGGUGGGAGGUCAGCGAAGGCGGGUGGUUGUGGCUGACACGCGUGAAGAAUGAACUACGGGGAUCGGCCUCUCGACGCCAGCAGAGGGCAGCAUCGUUUUCUUUCACCCCCCCCCCCCUCCAUGCAACGGACAAGAUGACGGCGUCAUCAUCAGCCACGAUCAGUCCACUGCUGGAUAAAGGGCUCCCCAAGGCGACCCCCCCCAUCUAGGACGUUCCUGCGAUGUCAGCACUCCACCUUGACACCUGCGCACGAGUUGAUGUAAUUCCCCCCCCUCUCUCCUGGCUACGGGACUAUACAGUACACAAGCGUGUGCUGCCGUAACAUUGGAACGAUACACAGAUGACGACGAGAUGUGGAGUGUGUUUUUGUACAUAAGUCACAAUUCGGUAAGAUAGCACAGAGUACUCGAGAGCGAACGAAAAGCAAACGUGAGCGAAUGACAACGGGCAUUUGAAGGAGGCGAUUAUUGCUUUACAAUAAGCAGUCUGGUUGUGUGGCUAAAAUUACACGCACGCGCUUUGUUUAAAGAGGUCAAAUGCGUCUAAAGGUGGAAUGUGGUGCCCUCAUAAUGAACUAAAACUAUAAUCAAUUGUUUUUAUUUUAGCAGGUGAGGCCCACUGAGCUAUAUAGCUAUUUUCCAGAAGCGACGUGGCCGCGAAUGAUGGCUCAACGAUGUGGCUUAUCA